AUGGUGCGCAUGGCGCUGCGAGGCUUCCACUGCAUCCGCAACUGGGCGACCGAGGUUGGUUACGGCGAUCCCGGCUACAUCCGGCUCGGCUACAUGCUGAUCGUCACCGAGAACCAGAUCGACGGCUUGCGGCGCAACGUCGAGCUCGGGAGGCGCCUGGGUGUGGACACCCGUUUCGUGGGCCCCGACGAGAUCGCCGCGGUCGAGCCGCUGGUGAACGCGGAGAGGCUUGCGGGCGGUGCCUACGAGCCCGACGGAGGCUACAUCGACGUCACCAAGAUGGUGCUGAGCUGGCUGGGCGCCGCGACCGCUGCGGGCGCGGAGGUGCUCGCCCCCCUCGAGGUGGAGGAAAUACUGGUGUCCAGCGGCGCAGUGACGGGCGUGGCCACCGCCCGGGGAGUGAUCGCGGCGCCGCUGGUGGUGGUGGCCACCGGGGCAUGGGCGCGCGAUCUGCUCGACCCGCUGGGUGUGCACGUGCCCAUCGAGCGUCGGAGGCUGGACAUGGCCAUGCUCGAGCAGGAGCCGGGUGCCCGUGGACUGCAUACCUUCAUCACUGACGGCAACUCCAACCUGGUCAUCCGUCCCGACAUGGGGCGUCGCGUCCUCGCGGUGGCCUAUCCGCCGGAGAUGCCCGAGGUGGACGAUCCCCUGGCCGACGCCGGACCCGUCGACCACGAGACCACUCGGCGCGCAUCCGCCGGGCCGUGGCCGAGCGCCUACCGGCCAUGGCCAUCGCCAAGACGGAGCAUGACGAUGGGGAUCAACGCAGAGCGAGCGAACGGAACCGUCAUUGCGAAGGCCGAUGGCCGCAUCGAUAGUUCCAACUCUCGAGAGUUUCACUCUGACUUGGAAGCUGUCAUCGCGGAAUCUGACGCGGCUCUAGUGCUUGACUUCGAGGAUGUCUCGUAUGUCAGCAGCGCCGGCAUGCGAGUCAUCCUUCUCGCAGCAAAGAACCUCCAGAAGUCCGGCAUGAGGUUCGUUCUUUGUUCAAUGAACGAUUCAAUUCGUGAAGUCUUCAAGAUCAGCGGAUUUGACAAGAUAAUACCGAUCCACAAAUCACAAGCCGAGGCGCUUUCAGCAGUCGGUGCAUAA